AUGGAUCUAAACGCGAGCCCCGUUUCCGUGUCAACCUCAGACUCAAGGCCCAUGUCUGUCUCUCCGGUCAUGGUGACUCCCGGAGCAGAACCGGCCACUGUGGAGAUCAAAGACGGAGGUUCGUUCUCUGUCGCUCCGGUCAUGGUGACUGCCGGAGCAGCACCGGCCACUGUGGAGAUCAACGACGGAGAGUCGUUGGAAAAGAAAAGAGACGAAAGAUCGAGGAUGUACGAUACCAAAGGGAAGUCGAUCGUACUGUCUGAAAGACAAGAAGACUCCUCGAGGAUGUACGAUACCAAAGGGAAGUCGAUCGUACUGUCUGAAAGACACGAAGACUCCUCGAGGUUGAUGAAAGGUGUCGGAGGAGGAGGGGACUUCAAGGCACAUAUCUUCGUAGUCCAUCCCAAAGAGGAUAUAAUUGGGAAGAUAAUGUCCUUCACGAAAAAUGGUUCUCGCAGCGUCUGCGUUUUGUCAGCAAAUGGUGAGAUUUGCAACGUCAAGAUUCAACCGCUAAGCUUCAACAGCAAAGUCUUGACGUUUAAGGAUUCUUAUGAGAUAAUAUCACUGAGUGGUACAAUGGCGGUGAGUCAAAGUGGAGAAGUGAGAAAUGAGACAGGAGGAUGGAGGAUUACGAUUGGUGGAUCUGAUGGUUUUGUCUUUGCUGGUCGUUUAUUCGGUAAACUCAUUGCAGCAUCUCCGGUCCAAGUUGUGGUUGGAAGUUUCUGGCCAAUUGUCCAAAACCCGUCUUGGUAUAGGAGCAAUGAGUCCAGAGCUAUGAUUGUUGCACCCACAACACAAAACGGAUUAAUGGGUUCUACACUCACAAGACAAGACAAGCAACCAGAGAUGGGAAACCCGCCUCCUCGCUCUAUGAACCGAGACUUGUGUGGGACAGGAUCUGGACUUAACAAGAAUUCUUGUCCAAAUCUAAAUGAAUAA